GCAGCAGCAGCAGCAGCAGCACAGUCGCGUCUCAGGUGUCACAAGUGAGCAGAACGAGUUUAACGCCUGCAGCUACGGCCGAGUCAUCGGUGGAUCCCAGCACGAAGCCCUCUCCUCCCAUGAGACACGUCGCAUCAUGACAGCAAGCUAUCUGUAUCUACUGGUCUACUUACUGGGAAGCUGCUUAGGGCCAUCAGUCGCACAAAGGAAUGAAACCUGUACAACAACAGAAGGAUGUGUUCAGGGUCCGGCGGAUCCGACCUCUCGCUUCCUGCGCUGCGUGGGAUUGCCGUCGCGUGACGCGGGCGCGGACCACGUGAGGAGGCUGCGAGGAAUGCUGGCGGGGGCGAUGGACGUGUACGCCUUCAUGAGGUCCAGCGCGAACGGAGUGCCCCUCCUCAGCCUGGAGGGAGAGCUGGCUUUAAACCCGGCGGCGGACCCCCUCCACAGCGAAGCGCUGGUCCAGAUGUGGCUUGAGGUCAAGAUCAGGCCGCUGCUGAAGUCCGUCUCCAGGCACUUCCUGUCCUGCCUCAGCACCAAGAACUUCAGCUGCGCCACCUACCAGACCGUGGUGAGGGAGCUCAGCCUCCAUUACUCCGAGAUGGAGCCAGUCAGACAGAAGUGGAUCUACUCAUUCUUCAUGUACCCCUUUCUGUCCCGGGACGGAGUAGCUGGCUGCGUGAGCCCGCAGCAGAGCAGCGAGGAUUGGCUGAUGAAGAAUUUCGGCGCCUUCAGGGCCGAGGCCCGGAUGGAGGACCUCGCGACGCUCAACCUGGUCUUCAGCGGACUGGAGGUUCUCGGCCUGCUGUCUCCGGCGCAGAAGGCGGAGCUGCUGCUCAGGCCGGAGGUCAGCGGCUUGGACAACGGCACCCUGAGCCUGGUCCUGCACAGCCUGCUCGCCGGGGGCCCGCCUCCCACCGCCGGCUCCGGCGGGGGCCUCGGCUGGGGAACCGGCCAGAACUGGACCGACCCCGGAACCCCUGCUCCUUACCUCCCAAGGCCCACAUCUGAACCCCACCCGCCACCGUCCCCGCUUAACAAACUCAAAAAGAUUCUAAGCGGCGUCAUGGCGGCUUCCAAACCCCUUGGGAGCUUUGUUCGUCACUUUGUGUCCUUCACUCGAGAGAGGCAGGCGGCGGAGAUAAAAAGCACCACUCUGACCCAGUUCCUGCUCAACUGGACUCUGGCCGAGCUGGCCGACGCGUACCGACCGCCAAGCGCCUCCGUGGUCCCGGAGGCGCCGCGGGUGGACCUCACCGACGUGGAGGCCUGGUACCAGCGCGCCGUGGUGCCGGUGUUACGGAGGUUCCUGCCGGGCGACGGCGCCCUGAUGCAUCCAAACAUCAAGCUGGCCUUCCACAAGCUGUUCUACCUGGACCACGACGCCAUGCAGAACGACACCUCCGAAGUCCAGAACAUCUGUAGCAUCACCCUCGAUGAGAGCCAAUGCGGGCUGACCGACGCCGUGGCGAACGUGGCCCACGUGAUGCACUGUGCCGCCGACAGCAACCUGACGAUGUCCGAGGAGACGGUCGCGAGGCUGAUCGAGGAGCUGACGCAGCGUCUGAAUUCACUGAUGCAGGAGCUGCUCACAUCGGACCUCGGCGCCGUGGUGUCCGACUUCCAGCAGCUCUUCACGGAGGCGGACGCCCCGUCUCCGAGCCCGGAGCGCCUGGACGACCCGGCCUUCAUCAAGCUCUGGUUCAAGGUCAAAGUGGAGCCUCUCGGGCCUUACGUGCCCGUGGAGGUCCUGUCCUGCCUCAGCGCCAAGAACUUCUCCUGCCCGGCUUUCCAAACCCUUGUGGCAGCAUUCAGUGAGAACAACGACUAUGGGUAUUCUUAUAUCUAUUACUUUUUCAUCUAUCCGUUCCUCUUGAAUCACAACACAAAUGAUCCUCAGUGUGUCAUGUCGGCGAACAACAGCGCCGAAUGGCUGACAAAGAACUUCGGUGCCUUUUUGCAAAUGGCCUCCGUCGCUGACUUCUACAAACUCAACCCAAACUUCUCGGGACUGGACGUCCUCCCCCUCUUGAGUCCGAGGCAGUUGGCGGAGAUGCUGGUGCUGCCUCUUCCGACUCCACCCGAGAGAGACGUGGUCAUCAACCGAGUGUUUGACUUCUUGUUGGAGUCCCCCGAGAGGGCGCAGCUCUCUGAGGUCGCGUACUACCUGCGGAAUUUCAUCCCCCAGGUAAAGCCACCGUGCAUCGUCUACGAACACAUCUUCGAGAGACUUUACAGAGCCAUCCCACUGGUGCCGCCAGACAUCGAACCGAGCAUCUGGACUUUCAUAGGAGAGCUGAUGAGCGUGGCGCCAGAUGAGUGUGUUCCAGGGGACUUAUUGUGCCCAGAAAUCCCCUACAAUGGUACCAUCAUCUGCGAAGGAGUCAACAGCUCUCAGCUGCUCUCUUAUAUGAACCCAUCUAUGGAAGUUAACUGCGGUUACACCCUGGAGACAUAUGCAUGUGCUCAGCUGGAGAACUUCACAGCCAAUCAGAUGGUGUCUCUCCUGAAGUGUAAUCUGCCUGGAAGCAGCUCGAACUCCAGAGUUCUGUGGAAGACGCUGCUGACCAAGCUGUCCUUCGUUUUGGACCCGGCGCUGGACAUUUUGGCCGACCAGUCCACGACCACGACGGUCGGUUCAUCGGCGUCCGCGGUUCUGGACGUGAUCGGGGACAUCAGAGUGUCGAUGCUGACGGACGAGCAGCUGAUGAACAGCAGCGUCGUGGACAAGUGGUUCUCCGGACGUCUGGGCGCGUUCCUGCCUUUUGCAUCCGGAAGAUUCCUCCACUGUCUGACCAGGAGGAACCUCAGCUGUCAUUCAUACCAGCAAAUACUGCAAGAGUUUAACGCCCGAUUUGACAACCUGACCUAUGCGCAACAGCGCGUGGUCCUCAAGGAUUUCAUCCUGCGCUUCCUGACGCAGCCGCACUCAGGUGCGGACUGUGUGUCUGCAUCCAACAGCAGCGCGGAGUGGGUGGUGUCGAACCUGGGUCGGUUUUUAAGUCUCUUGGACUUCGGGGAGCUGCUUCAACUCAGCCCAGAAUUAAACUUCCUGGAGGUCGUACAAUUCCUGACUCCAAAGCAGGCUGCAGAGCUGGUGUCCCUCCUUCCUGAUUCUCCAGAGAAAGACAGCAUCAUAAACAAGAUCUUUGAUCGCCUGACCGAGUCUCCCGAGGAAAUUCCAAUGUUCCUGUAUUACUUGGAUAAUACCCUGUACCAGGCAAACCUCUCUUGUUCAUCGUACAAAACACUGCUGGACAGACUGGACAUGAUCACGCCCACGGUUCCUGUUAGUACAGUGUCAUUAAUCAGCAACACUGUGACUCUGUUGUCUUACCACAUGCCAACAGGUUGCAUCCUGAACAGUGGAGAGUGCAACGUGACCAUAACAAACGAAAGGGACAUUUGUGUUGGAGUGAACAGCACAUUGCUGCAGUUGAACCUCGGACAGACGAACAGACGUUUCUGUGACUUCUCUGUUGAGGAAAUCGCCUGUGCAUCGCCGCCAGCGUUGACCGCACAAGACCUGGCGGCCAUCUUGGUUUGCAAUCGCUCCUCUGUCUCCGGUGGCUCUCGACCCGCCUGGAAGCUCCUCCUCUCCAAGGCCUCAGGUGUGCUGGACGCAGCUCUGGACCUUCUGACCAACACGACUCUGGACCCCGGGAAUCCUGCGGUUUCAACGGUUCUGGACGCUAUACGAGAAAUUCGAUUGGACAUGCCGCUGCCGGGCAGCCUGAGCGACCCCGCCUUCAUCCAGCUGUGGUUCCAAAUCCGGCUUGGAGGGUUCCUCCCCGCGGCUUCCGCCGACUUCCUCUCGUGUCUCGCCGCGAAGGGGUUGAACUGCACCGGCUACCAGCGUCUGGUGCAGAUAUUGAGCGACUUGCGGCCACGCAUGACCCUCGCCGGGCAGAUUUCUGUGUACACGCACUUCAUGAAGUCUUUCCUGAGCAGGAAGGACACCGCAGACCCCAGCUGCAGCUCACACAUCAACAGCAGCAGCGAAUGGCUGCAGAAGAACCUGGGAGGCUUCUCCUUCCUCGCGUCCUUCCACGACCUGCGGAUGCUCUAUUCCAACUUUUCAGCGCUGACGGCGUUACCACAGCUGACGGUCAGGCAGCUGGCGGAGGUGUCCGCCGCGCCCGGCCUGCUCACCUCUCCCGAAACGGUUGCCGUGGUGACGGGGUACAUCCCCGACGGAUCCCUGGCGGCCUUCUUCGACGACUUCUCCCCUGCCAUCACGGGUCAUGAGAACGAUUACCCCUCGGGCGUCAGGUCGGCCUUCUUGCAGGUUGUGUUCGAUCGAGCCAACCUCUCUGACCCCUCCACGGGGGACGAGGUCGUGCUGGAGUGGCUCCUCAGGCGAGUGCGCCCCCUGCUGGUCGGCCUGUCGCCGCACCACGUCGCCCCGUUCUUCAGAAUCCUCGCGGGGAGAAACUGCAGCAUCCAGCAGCAGGGAGUUGAGAUUUUGAAUUCAACAAUCUCAUCUCUCAGUCAAGACACUCAGAAAGAAAUCCACAACAGCAUCGUACAGACUCUCACAGGGCCGAUACCCCUCAAGUGCUACGGCGACAACUACAACCUCAGUUUCUACGGCUUCCUGGAGCGCUCGUUCCUGGGCUUCCAGUUCCCCAACCUGACCGCCUUCCUGUCCCUCAUGCCCCCCGGCAGGAUGCACCAGCUGCUGAACUCCAUCCCUCCUUCGGCUCUCGGAGAUUUCCUGCGCCGGCCCGACGUCGUCGACAAUGACGCGGGGCUCUGCGCCAUCUACGACAACUACAUCCAGACCCCGACGUUCCUGGACACCGAGCCCCUCCCGGAGUCGGUGCGGCGGCCCACGCUGCCUUGCGUCUGGCCCGUGGCGCUCGGCAGCUCCAGCAGGUCGGAGGUCAACGCCUGGUUUGACCGACGUCUCCGCAACUACCUGGCCUUCCUCACGAAGGGUCUGAUCAGCCCCAACAGCACGCGAAACGCCUCCUGCCUAGCCUUCCAAAAGCUGGUCUCGGUUCUGGGUGAAUACAACUACACUGCCGUGGACUUUGGGAGGAGAGAUGUGUUCGACAGCAUCAGGGCCUACCUCGCCUCAGCUGCGGCGCCGAGAUGUUACGACCCCGGCAACGCGGACCUGAACUCCACGGCCUGGUUCGCCGAGUACCUCGGACCCUUCAUGGCUUUCCUCACUCUGGAGGACCUGCAGACGUUCGGGUCGGCGCAGGUCAUCCAGGUGUUCACAGUGAACCCUCUGAACAUCGCCUUGCUCAACCACACUUCUAUACCUCUCAACCUCACCAACUACUACGUGCAGCUCGUUUAUCAACAGGACAGCAACUUCAACCCCCUGCUACUUCCUCUGUUGUGCCGCUGCGUCGCUCCCGGUCCAGCGUUCAGCCAGCUGAGUCCCGGGGAGAGCAUGAUGGUUCUGCAAAACCUCACCGCCGUCUGUACGUCCGUGGACCCCCAGAUUUCUGCGGCGCUGGCGGGCAACUUCGGCAACGUCAUCGACGCCAGCGCCAUUUCUGCCCUCGGCGCGGCGAGCACCGGCCUGUCCACGGGGCAGAUAAAGGCGAUAAGUCCCCAGCAGCUGUUGAUCGCCAUCAACACUCUGAGCGGCGUGCCGGGCUGGAACCAGGGUCAGGCCUGGGCCCUGGUCCAGUCCCUGGUAUCCUCGGGGGCCUUCCAGAUCAACGGCACGUCGUCGCUGCUCCUGCUGGGCACUCUGAUCGUGGGCGUUCCAGCCCGAGCCAUCGGCAACGUCAACGCCCCGGCGCUGCUCGCCGCCUCCAAAAACCCUUCGUUCCUGCAGCACAUGGCGUUCGCUCCACAGAUCAUCCAGCAGAUCUUUGUUUAUCAGAUCACAUCGCUGGACAGAAACGCAGACGUGAUCAUCCAGAACGUCCCAAAUGACAUGGCCACAGAGAUCCCUCCUGCUCUGCUGCUGGGCCUCUCGAACAACGGCAGCGUGAUCCAGAAGCUCAACCAGAAGAAGUGGAAACGGCAGCAGGCGGAGCUGUUCUUCGAAGUCAUCGCUGUGGAAUCCGCCACCGCGGCGCUGGGAAGCCCAAACAAUCUGUCGUCCUCUCUGCUGCAAGGGUUCACGUGCACCGGAGUGAGGAGUGUUCAGGUGGUGCAGAUCAAGAAGCUCGUCAGAGCCUGUCGGAGGACCGGCAAGAACAAGGUCCCCCUGGUGGAGACUCAGUUGACCUGCAUGUACAACUACAUCAAAAACGACUCGGACACCGCGCUCUUCAGCCUCUACCCGCCCGAUGUGCUGCUCUACUACAACUACUUGCUGGUGCCGCAGUCCAGCUGCAGGUCCUACUUUGAACAGCUGGCAGGCGCGGACUUCUCCGUCUUCUCCUCGACCCUCAGCUACAUGAAAACCUCCUUGUUCAACAACGCGAGGAGCUGCCUGGGCAUAACAAACACGAGUUUGACCGAGGACAACAUAUCGGUCUUGGGAAACAUGUGCUGCACGCUGAACGGGUCCUACAUUCAGAACUCUCACCCGUCCAUCCUGAAUCAGCUGGCCAGCUGUCCGGACCUCUCCGCGGAUCAAGUGGCCGCGGCUCAAGCGCUGCUCCAGAGCGGGAAAACGCCCUACGGGGCUCCGUCUCAAUGGAACGAACAGACUCUGAAGGACCUCGGGAUGUUGCCGCUCUACCUGACCUCAACCUUCUACGACAACUUUGACAAAAAAACGAAGCAGAGGUUCCUGAGGUACUUCCUGGAGGUCCUUAAAAGCGACGGCGUGGGCCGACAGAAGAAGAGGAGUCUGAAGGCCGAACUAAGGAAGUCGAUUAAAAACAAAUCAAAGCGCGCCAUCGUGAACGGGUGCACCGUAGGAACCAUCACCCAAGUGACCAUCAGCGAUCCGACCUUCCCCUUCGACUACGACGACAUAACUCAGUUCAACUGCUGCCUCAGCGCCUCCGCCGUCAGAGACAACCUGGACGCCAUCAUUGCCAAAGUGGACCAGGAGGAAUACCUGAGCGUCGUUCUCGGCAAGCUGCGAGAGAUUUACCCCAUCGUCCCAGAAGACCAGGUUCGUCUCUUGGGCCCCGCCUCCCGCCUGGCAACCGUUGCCGACGUUCUCACGUGGAACAUCACCCAGAUCGACACCCUCUCGGCUUUGAUGAACCCGUCCGACGGGCGGUGGGACCCGACCCUGGCCAAGGCCGUCAUCACCAAGUACCUGAGUCAGCCGGGGAACACGCUGGGCACCGGCGAGCUGAACGCCAUCGGAGGAGCCAACCUGUGCUCCCUGGACGCCGACGUUUUGAAGAACAUUUCCCAACAAAGCAUCAAGGACGCCGGCGUCCUGACGAUGUCCAACUGCACCUUGGAGAAACAGCGAGUCCUGUUCACCAUCGCCGAGCAGGCGUUUGCAACAAACACCCGCUCGACCAUCCCCGUUUCGUCUUACCAGCUCACAGCACCGUUUAUCGAAGGCGCAGAUUCAGCAUACGUCCAACUUUUGUCCAGCUCCGGCGUCAACAUGGACAUGAGUACCUUCACCAGAAUGCAAAACAACGUUGUGAUGGGCCUGAACGUUAGUCAGGUCAGAGGUCUGCUCGGCGCCAACUUGCCCGAUUUGAAGUUGUAUGAAGACCAGCCGCUGGUCAAGAGCUGGAUCGCCACGCAGCUCCAGUCAGAGCUCGACACGCUGGGUAUCGGGCUUGUCGGAGGAAGGGGUGGCCCCGCCAACCCCGCCAACCCCACCAACUCCACCAACUCCGCCAACUCCACCAACUCCACCAACUCCACCAACUCCGCCAACUCCGCCAACUCCGCCAACUCCACCAACCCCACCAACUCCACCGCCGCCCCUGCAACCAACCCCGGGACCGCCGCCCCGGUAACCAACCUCAAACCCGGGACCGCCGCCCCCGGCGCCAGCACCACAGGGAACAACGGGGUCAACGUCCGAGCAGACGCUGGCUUCUCCUUCCUCGUUCUUCUCUCGCUGCUCGUCGCUUCCUUCGUGUGAUGGAACACGAGGUGGAUUAUUGUACCUGAUGAAUAUGUAUCCAGGAAGUGAAGAAUAGAUUUUAAUUUUUUUACAUUUUAUAUUUAGCCAUGAUGAUUUGAAUGUGCAAUAAUAAUCCAUUCAAUGUAAAUACAGAAAUUACCCAGAACAGAUAUUGUACACUUUUCAAUAUCCCCAGCUGACAUAAUAUAUUUACUUUAUUUCAGGGUUGUUUUAAUUAUUAAAGGUAAUGGUGGAAUGGACAAAAGCAAAAGAAAACAUUUUACUGUUUCUGCUGUGCUUGCUGUAAUCCUAACAUAUCUAUUUUGAAAACUUUGCCUUCUUUGUGAAGGCCUGUGAUUAAUGAUAAAUGCAUGUUGUUGCACAAUCAUCAAAAAGCACUUACUAAGUUGCAGUAUGAUAACAGUUAAAUGUUUGAGGGGAAUAAGUUGUCAUCCUUUUGUCCGUGCAAUACACAUCAAAUACAGUUCUAAUCAUAAAUCAAUACAAAACAUGUGUCUGGUUUAAGCACUUUUUCAUGUCUAACUUUGUAAAACAAAAAAAAGGCAGCUAAUAACACAACAUAUAACAACUUCAAGAUUUCCAUGACAACCGAGGUGGUCGGAGCGGAGGACCUAUGGUUCUUCUAAUGAUAGUUAGUGUAAUUUCUCUGUGAACGUCAUGGGGCGUACAACAAAUUGUUUAAAACCAACUGGAAUUUGGCCAUUUUGUGUAGAUUAAGUUGACGUAAUUUAACGAACUCCUCUGAGAGAUGGAAUUGCUGCGCUUUACCAAACUACUCCAAUAAGGGAAUUAAUUUAUAUUUAUAUGAAUAUUUUAAAAUAUUUUAACAUUACUUUUUUUCUUUCUUUUCAAAUAUUUUUUUACUUUUUUUUACAUUACGUAUUUAAAAAAAUUCUUUCUUACAUUUUUCAACAAAACAAUUAACUUUUUUGAGUAAGAUGAAAUUGUCAAAUUUAAAAACAAGAGUGUCAUGAUUGGGUCUUUUU